GAACUGGCGAUUUUACGAAUUUAUUGCUUUUAGUGUGCUGUGAAAAAGUUGGGAUUUAAAACAAACCUCCCAAUUGUCAUAAACCUAAUUUUUAAACGAUUCACAUAUUAUAAGAAUCUGAUAUUCCGUGCCGAGCAUCGCUGUUGUGCAUUUAUUAUUCCAUAAAGAAAUUGUCCAAGAGCACAGAAUUACAAUGGUUCUAUCGGAUGGAGUUAAGGAACGCCUUGGCGUUGUAGUAAGUGCUGUGCAAACAGUAUUUCAUUGGGGAUUCGUGCCGAUGGUGCUAUACCUAGGUUUCUCCAAAGGUGCCGAACCUGGCAUGCCACCGCUUACCAUUCUGAGCCUCCUAUGGCAGUAAAAUCUUAAGUCAAUUCGUCAUGUUGUGGAUUCGACACUGAGACGUCGUGGGCUGCUGACUGGAUGUGGUUUUGUUAAUUCUUUGGCAGUUUCAUAGUACCUGCAGUUAUUGAAAAUAAAUUUCUGUCAUAUUAAAAAAUAA